GCAGUCCUACACUGCGUCGCUGUAGUAGCGCCACUAUGGUACUUUGGCGCUUUCUCUUCAGCCUUGAAAAAGGACAUCGCCGCACCCGGAUCAGCAGUCACUUUUACAAACAAAAAGAGAAAGCAGUAGGUUUUAGUGCCUUAGUUGUGUUAGAACAAGAGUCUCCAAUUGUCAGAGAAAAGCAAACGCUGCGAGAGUUACGAUAGUCUUUGGAUUUCUCCUGGACUCGUGUUGUUUAUCGGCUGGCACGCUGCCACAGAAUACCAGUGGAUUCGGCGAUCAGACGCUCACAGCAACUCAUCUUUAUUAAACCUUCUAGAAAUUCAGAAUGGGGAUGCCAACAGGAUUGUUCGCACCAGUCCUUGCUGCACUGCUAGUGUUUGCCUCAGCUCCUGCCCAUGGUGAAGAAAUCCCUUGGCCAAAGGUGCACAUCUCUGGAGGCGGCGUCCACCUCACAUUUGUGGCCGGUAUCCCUCUGGCCUCGAUCCAUUUCGACAAGACGUGCGUUCUCACAGAAAGCAAUGCCGAAUCUUUGGAGUGGUACAAAGAUAGCAAGGUCAUCAAAAGAGUCCAAAGUACUGCCAGAGUUACCUCGCUGCCGUUUGGAUUCAGCUCCGCCGGUCUUCUGGCCCACAGUGACGCGGGCAAGUAUCUCUGUCGCGCCCAUUACUACCAGGGCCCAUAUUUGCGCCAGACACCCAGCCCGCAGUCCAUUGACAUCUCUGUCGUAGAUCGGCCCACGGAUCUGCCAACGGUUCACGUAUCCGCCAACCAGACUGUGACUGCAGGCGGUUUUGUGUUCCUGUCGUGCCACGUCGAGGACAUGCCCAGUCACAAGAACAACGUCAGCCCGUCUUGGACUGGACCCGGCGGCCGGCCGAUCGGCGAUCAGAAUGUAGUGGUGGGCAACACGUUCACUAACAUCCACCUCCAGCACGUGACGGCAGCCGAUUCCGGCGCGUACACGUGUUCCGUAGGGCCCACUCAGCUAGGGUCCACUCCGCAGUGCAACUCACCAGCCGAUAUCACGCAGGUCGUUGAUUGCUAUCGCAGCGCACAGCAGACCGUUCACGUCAAGGUCACCCGCGGCACCAAGUAGUCUUCAAUGCUAACUUCAUGGAUACUAUCUGCUCCACCAUUUCCCUCAUCCUUUUUUCUUGUCAACCGCCUAAACUGUUAUUCCGUGCUUGAAGCAGUCUUUGACUGUCUUUAAUGUGCAUCUGCCCAUUUUCUUUCAAAAAUCCUUGAAUACCCAAGAUAACCGUACUGUAUAACACGUCU